AUGAAAGAUCUUGGAAAGACAAAACUUUGUCUUGGUCUGCAAAUUGAACAUUUAGCAGAUGGAGUAUUCAUCCACCAAACUGCCUAUACCCAAAAGGUUUUGAAACGUUUUUACAUGGACAAAGUAUAUCCAUUAAGUACUACAAUGGUUGUUCGAUCACUUGAUGUAAGUAAAGAUCCUUUCCGACCUAUGGAAGAGGAUGAAGAGAUUCUUGUUCCUGAAGUACCAUAUCUUAGUGCUAUUGGUGCACUUAUGUACCUCAUUAAUGCUACAAGGCCAGAUAUAGCAUUUUCUGUUAAUUUGGAAGCUAGGUAUAGUUCUUUCCCUAUGCGAAGACACUGGAAUGGGGUUAAGCAUAUAAUGAGGUACCUAAAAGGGACUAUUGAUAUGGGUCUAUUUUAUACUGACAAAGCUAGCCUAGUUCUUAUUGGUUAUGCAGAUGCAGGUUAUUUAUCUGACCCACAUUAA